AUGUUGUUCUACUGUUCCUGAUUGUCCCAGGCUUUCCUCACCAUCAUGUCUGGUGCUAACAGCGAGGUUCCUGCUGAUCAAGUUCUCACAACUGAAGAGAGAAACUCCACUCUUGACCACAAGAUGUCAAAUGCCAUAAGAAUAAAAGAGGAACAGGAGGAACCAGAACUGCAGCAGAUGGCCGAGACAAAAGAGGAGCCAGAACCCGAGCCAACUAAAGAAGAGCAUAUUGAACUGUGGGUUUUUCAGGAAGAGGGUCAGAUGUUAGUGAUGCAGAAAACCAACACCUUCGUUGUGACGCCCACUCAUGAGGAAAUACUCUACAACAUACCAGGACUGCCGCAGGUGACGGAGACGAAGGAAGAACCAGAACCUGUGCUGAUUAAAGAAGAACAGGUGGAUCCGUGCAGUGAUCAAAAUGAAGUUCAGCUUCAUCUUCACAUGAAGCUGGAUACUGACAGCAUCACGGUGACUUCUACUGAUGAGCAAAAUAACAGCAGUGAUCCAGAACUACACAAGACCCAGCUCCUUCCUGCAAACCGCCCAGAACCAGAGAACCAACAUCAGCAGGGAAGCAACCAGGAAGACUCAGGAAGAGGAGAUCCAAGUCUGAGACCAGAGAAGAGACGUCAGGACACCAAAAGUAACAGGGUCGAUGUGAACAGUUCAGAACUAAAAAGACAGAAAACGGAUACGGCUUCUUGUGAAAUAUGUGGUAAACUCUUCAGAAUGCGUCAGCACCUGCCUGACAACACAAAAAUCCACACGGGUGAGAAGCUGCAUCCUUGUGAAGUGUGUGGUAAAGCUUUUAGACGCAGAGGUCAUUCAAAUAAAAACAAAAGAAUCUGCACAAGUGAAACUCCCAAAACCUAUAAACUACUUGGGAAAACGUCUAGCGACCAAGCUAGUAAAGUGGAAAACACACAAGAGAAGCUGCAUCCUUGUGAAGUGUGUGGCAAAGUGUUUAAAGCAUGUGACCGUUUGCCUCAUCACCUUCAAAAACGCAGAGGAGAGAAGCCUUUCUCAAGUCAGACUUGUGGAAAAAAUUUCACCUGGAACUCUUCAGCUUUACAUAUAAGGACUCAUACUGGUGAGAAACCACUUCCUUGUGAAGUGUGUGGUAAACAUUUCAAAUAAAUUCUUGGUUUGAGCGAUUAAUCGUUUUAGAGAUGUCAGCAGUGGAGCUUGUCUCUGUCACACAUGGCUGAAAACACCUUCAUGCAACUGAAUUGGCUGAUAAAUGAGCAAUCUGAGCAUCACAGAGGUUCUGAAUUGGAGUUGUGUAAUUUCCGAUAAGAUGUUUUUAUUUUUUUUAUUUAAAAGUUUUGUCUUCAAAUACACAUUCAUAUGAAGCCAACAGGUAACAAAUUGAUAACAGGAGGUAUAAAAUGAUGUAUUUCAGCCAGAAAUACACACAUUGAGGAAAAAAA